AUUGUGAAACACUUGGAUGACUAUGUAAUUGGGCAAGAAAGGGCCAAAAAGAUUCUAGCCGUGGCCGUGUUUAAUCAUUAUAACCGGGUUCAUGCCAAUUCAAAAGCAAAAGAGACUGUUGUAGAAGAAGAUGUAGAAGAAGGACCUUCUUUGCCUUCCCGACCUCCCAUCUCCCCUGAGUUCCGUUUUGUGUGGUUAAACCCUCCAACACAAUCUGUAUCUUUGCCUCAACCCAAAGCUCAUGAGAAAGUUAAAGAGGAACAGUCGAUUGUAUAUGACAAGAGUAAUGUUCUUUUAAUUGGGCCCACUGGAUCAGGAAAGACACUGCUUGCGCGUACAUUGGCUCAGAUUCUUCAAGUGCCAUUUUCUAUGUCCGAUGCAACACCUUUUACACAGGCUGGUUAUGUGGGAGAGGAUGUUGAAUUGGUCAUCCAACGUCUUCUCCAGUCAUGUGACUUUGAUGUCAAGAAGGCAGAGGGUGGCAUAGUAUUUAUUGAUGAGAUUGACAAGAUUGCCAGGAGAUCAGAUACCAUGUCAUCUCGAGAUGUUUCUGGAGAGGGAGUACAACAGUCACUACUGCGUAUGUUAGAGGGAACGACUAUCCAAGUUACUGAUAAGACUGGGGCCAGCAAGAAAGGACCUAGUAUGGGACCACCUAAUGGAAAGGGAGAAGUAUACUCGAUUGACACCAGCAACAUAUUGUUUAUCUUGAGUGGUGCUUUUGUUGGAUUGGAAAAGACGGUUAUGGAUCGAGUUGCAAAGGGAUCUAUUGGAUUCGAUGCUUUAUUAAAGGUUUCUGAUAAGGAAACCAACAAGACCUCACAUCCACUUUCUCGAGUAGAACCAUCAGAUUUGGUUUCAUAUGGGCUGAUCCCAGAGUUUAUUGGCAGACUUCCUGUGCUGGCUUCCGUAAAUGAUUUGAGUGUCGAUGAUCUGGUUAGGGUGCUAAAGGAGCCCAAGAAUUCACUCUUGAAUCAAUACAAAGGCCUUUUCCAAUUGAACAAAGUUGAUCUAAAGUUUAGUAACAAGGCAUUGCGGGGUGUGGCAGAACUGGCGUUAGAGAAGAAGACGGGUGCACGCGGGUUACGGAGAAUCAUGGAAACGCUUUUGCUGGAACCCAUGUUUGAUGUUCCUGGGUCGUCAAUUCAACAGGUUGUGAUUGAUAGUAAAGUGGUCGAUGGAAAG